AUGAAGGUCCUCGCCACCGCCGCCUUGCUCCUGCUCGUCCCCCUCUGCUUCGCCGAGUACAACUAUGAUCCUCCGCCUGCUGGCCUGGCUCUCUCCUUAGCCCCCGCUAAAGCUCCUGCUCCUGCUCCUGCUCCUGCUGCAUCUCCAUCACAAGGCUACCACUAUGACUCUCCAGUAGGCGGUCAGUUCGCUCUUUCGGCCGGCGGGCAGAUCUCGCGCGCCAACCCACCUGCACUGCCUGCUGUCCAGCCUGCCCCCGCGCCCUUCGGAGGCCAGGCUGUGCUCUCUGCUCCUGCACAGGCCUCGCGACCUGCCGUUAGAGGCCGGCCAGUUUCCCCUGCUCCUGCUAGAAGCCAGCCUUCGUUCCCUGCUCCUGCACAGGCUCCUCGACCUUCCUUUUCUUUUGUCAGAAGCCAGCCUACUUUCCAAGCUCCAGCUCAGGGUCCCCGAUUUUCCGUGGCCCCUUCGCCUGCUUUCCCUGCUCCUCAACCUUCCCCUGCUCCUGCUAGAAGCCAGCCUGCUUUCCCUGCUCCUGCUAGAAGCCAGCCUGCUUUCCCUGCUCCUGCUAGAAGCCAGCCUGCUUUGCCUGCUCCUGCUAGAAGCCAGCCUGCUUUCCCUGCUCCUGCUAGAAGCCAGCCUGCUUUCCCUGCUCCCGCUCCAGCUUCUCCGCUCUCCUUCGGUUUCGUCAGGAGCCAGCCCAGUUCCCAGUUCUCCCCGGUUCCCAACAGAAACCCAGCUGGCCUUCCUGCUCAGCCCCCCCAGCCCUCUCCUCUGCCUGCCAGACCCCAGCCUGCUCUCCCUGCUCCAGCUCCUUCUCAGCCGCUCCAGCUCUCCCCCGUGGCGAACAGGGGCCGCGUCUUCCAAGCCAGCCUGCUUUCCCUGCUCCUGCGCCUGCCCCUGCUAGACUCCAGCCUGCUUUCCCUGCUCCUGCCCCUGCUCCUAAGCCAGCCUGCUUUCCCUGCCCCUGCUCCUUCUCUGCCGCUCCAGCUCUCCCCCGUGGCGAACAGGGGCCGCGUCUUCCGUUUCCAGCUUUCCCCUGCUCCUGCUCCUUUCCCUGCUCCUGCUAGACUCCAGCCUGCUUUCCCUGCUCCUGCUAGACUCCAGCCUGCUUUCCCUGCUCCUGCCCCUGCUCCUGCUAGACUCCAGCCUGCUUUCCCUGCCCCUGCUCCUGCUAGAAGCCAGCCUACCUUCUCUGCUCCUGCUAGAAUUCAGCCUGCUUUCCCUGCUCCUGCUAGAAGCCAGCCUACCUUCUCUGCUCCUGCUCCUGUCCCUGCCCCUGCUCCUGCUACAAUCCAGCCUGCUUUCCCUGCUCCUGCUAGAAGCCAGCCUACCUUCUCUGCCCCUGCUCCUGCCGCUGCUCCUGCUAGAAGCCAGCCUGCUUUCCCUUUGCUCGCCACAAGCCAGCCUACCCUCGGCCAGCGCCCCCAGCCGCCGGCCUUCACCUCCAACCGGGGGCAGGCCGCCUUCUUCAUCCCCUCAUCUUCCCAGUCUUCUUUGGGACAGUUUGACGACUCGAGGGAAGAUGACGACGACGAUGACAGCCAGGAGAGCGACGAGAAUGACAAAUAGAACGCGGGGAAACAAAUAAACAGGUAGAAAGCAUAAAGACAAAAACAAAAUAAACACAAUGACUAAAAACAAAGCCAAAAGACAAAAUCAAUGGAUACAAUGAUAAAGAAUAAAUAGGCUAAAACAGACAAAAGACACAGACAAAGACAAAAACAAAGAUAAAGAAUAAACAUAUAUAUAUGUAUAUAUACAAUCGUAUAAAAACAAUUUUUAAAAAGUGAAAAUUUGUGUAUUGACUUCUUUAACUUAUUAAUGUUUUUUCUGUAUAAGAGAACAAAGGAGAAUAUUUGUAUAUUAUACUUAUAAUAUACUUUGUAUAUUAUGCUAGUUGUAAGGCGCAGUUCAUAUGCACAAAGUACCAAUGAAUGCUCAUGUGGAAAUAUAUUUUACUAUUUUUUUAAAUGUUUUAAAUAUAAUCUAAUAGUAUUUCU